GGCGAGUCAUGGCCCGCUUUUUGGGCUUGGCCGGUGAACCACCUACCUACCUUCUGUGAGGGAAGCCAGGCCCAAUUCCUUCCUGCCUAUUGAAAUAUAGGAAGCUAAGCCGGGUGAUGCUCCCAACCCCCUUUUUGCAAAAAAAAAAAAGAAAAAGAAAGAAAGCAGAAAAAAAAAAAAACAGAAAGGACGCAAGAAAAGAAAAAAAACACGUUCGGACACAAGAACUGAAGAAGGAGAAGAAGAUUGAGGAGUUGGAAAGCGAAGAGGUGGAUCGCAUCAAACUUGAGCGAACCAGGAAAAAAGAGGAAGAGUUGGGGGAGAUGAGACUCAAACAUAAGAACGAACUUGACAAAGUGAGAGCAGAUCACCAAGAGAAUAUAGAAUGCAAGCAAGCCGGGGGAAGCAGUUAGAGGAUGAGGUAAGCGCGCUCAAGUCGAAGAUCACAGUGAUGGGAGAGAGGCUUGCAAAUGCAGAAAGGAGGAACGGAGAGCUGGAGGCCGAGAGGGCAGAGCUUGCACAAAAGGUCCAACACCUGCACAGUGAGGUGAAAAACCUCAUUGCACAGAAGACAGUACUCGUGGAAAGGCUUGAAAAAUCCACGAAAAAGAUUCAGGAGCUGGAGCUAGAGAGAGUGGCCCUCAUCAAAGAUUUCAACGAAAGAAUCAGUGAAAUGAAACUCCGACUGAAAAAUGAAGCUGCUGCGCGUGCAACGCGAGUGUAUUCGCUGGCGGAGCUCAAGGAGGCUACAAACGACUUCAACACGACUCUGGGAAGCGGUGAUGCAGAUUACAAUGAGUCUGUUUACUCUGGAAAACUCCACGAUGGUGCGCCUAUUAUGGCGAAGAUGGCGAGGGUUACAAGCACACGUCGAGGGACUGAUCAUGAGGACUUCAAGGACAAGGUGGUGGACAGGUUGAGAGUGUUGCAGCAUCCCAAUUUGUUGAGGCUGUUGGGAGUUUGUUAUGAAGAGAAUUGUUUUUUGGUGUACGAGGACGUGGCAAACGGAAGUCUGAAGCAGUGGAUUUCAGGUGGGGACAAUCACACGAGAGGAUUUCUCCCAUGGUACGUUCGCCUUCGUGUGAUGGCAGAAGUCGCUCAGGCAGUAUGCUUCCUCCACUCUAACCGGCUGGACAAUGCUAGUCCCAUCGUCCACGGUGCCAUCAAACCAGCAAACGUACUUCUCGAUCACAACUUGUGGCCAAGAUUUGCGGGGUUGACAGGGCUCUCCGUGUGUCCCAACAACAUUGUGGAGGGCAGGUCGCAGCAGAUUCUUUUCGCGCUUUCCUUGGAAACAACUCUUCAGUACAUGGCACCGGAAUAUUUGCGUUCUGGGGGUUGCAGUGAGAAGACAGACAUCUAUGCGCUGGGUGUCACACUUUUGGAAAUUCUCACUGGGAAAUUUUGGAAUGCACUGGGAAUUGUUGAAGAUUGAAUGGGAGGAGGGGGUGCAACAUUUGAAAAUGCUCUUGAUCCAAGUGCCGGCGCUUGGGAUGUGUGUUUGGCCCGGGAGGUGGCAGGUUUGGGGCUGCGCUGUACGAGCCUGGACAAACGGAAUCAGCCAGACAUGGCGACAGCGGACAUUGGCAUUGUUGCUACAUUGGACAGAAUUGCAGAAAAAAGUAGAGCUUGCUGCAGCAGCGGAAGAUAGGUAGCAAGAGCAAAUGAAUCGGGGACGACACU